CCCUGUUUAGUCCAACAAAAAAUGUAGAAGUUAAAACAAAGCAAACCCCAAACCCUCUUUGCCUCACCGGAGAUGUCUGUCUUUCUCUCUCUACAAAUAAACACCUGCUCCUACAAAUAACCACCACUCACUCUCUCUCACCUCUUUCUCUUUCACUUCUCUCUUGGAAAUAGGAUUUAGAAAGAGAAAGACUUUCAAGGAGGGAAGGAAGGAAGGAAGGAAGGAAGGAAGGAGGGGAAAUAAUAAAAGGGAAUUUUGGUUUUGUAAGGCUGUCCUUUUGUUGAAAGCAUGGGUGUUGAAGUUGUGGGAUUUGAGGUGAUCCAAGGACCAGUGGGGGCUGUCACUGAAGGAGGGAAUUCUGCCAAGGAAAAUGGAAAAUUGGAUCAAGGUCCGGGCGGUAAUGAGCCCAUACAGUUUGGAUCGCAUGGUGAUGAAUCAGACAAAAAGGAAGUCAAUGAGGUUUCGGUUCCAAACUUCCCCAAGGAUGCAGUUGACGAGUGGCCUGCUCCCAAGCAGAUCCAUUCUUUCUAUUUUGUUAGGCACCGGACAAUCGACGAUCCAAAAAUAAAAGUGAGGAUUGAUCAUGCUUCUAAAGAGGUGAAUGAGAGGAACAAAGCUCGUCAAGACAUCAUUGAAGCACUACGAGCAAAAAGGACUGAAAGAUCAGAAUUGAUUGAGAAGAUUAAGGCUCUGAGGAAUGACAACAGGCAAAUUAGGUCAAUUGUGGAUGAGAAGUUUAAGGAUUUACAGCCUCUGCGGCAGGCUCUUGGAGAGAUACGCAGUGCAGACACUGCUAGUCGCAGUGGUGGUUUAUGUUCAUCAGAGGAAGAGCUUAACAGUCGUAUCCAAGGGUUGCAGUAUUAUAUGCAACAUGAGAGCAUUCCAUUGUCCGAGGAAAAGAAAAUACUUAAAGAGAUGAAGGCUCUUGAGAACACAAGGGGACAAGUUAUUGCUCGUGAAGCUGAGCUAGCUAAACUGCUUCCUAAAGAAGCCCUCAAGGACCAAGUUAAACUUAUGGAUGGUGACUUAAAGGAAGUAAAAAAGGAGCAAGAUGGUGUUAGGGCCAAAAUUAAGCACCUUGAUGAUGCAGUGAAGGUGAUUGACAAGGCAAUUGCAUCAUUACAGGAAGAUCUGGACAUUGUAACUGAGAAGAGGGAUAAAGCAUUCGAAAAUAUUCGUCAACUUAGGUUACAGACUGAUCAGGCGAAUGCUGGCUUCUACCAUAGCCGUGGGGUCAUGACCAAAGCUAGAAAUCUUGCUGCUACCAACAAUGUCAAAGCACUUGAAGCACUUUCUAAUGAAGAGGUCGAGAAAUUUAUGUCCCUCUGGAACAGUAACAAGGAUUUUAGAGAUGAUUAUGAGAAAAGAAUUUUGCCAUCUCUGGACAGCCGUCAAAUGAGUAGGGAUGGACGUAUAAGAAACCCAGAUGAGAAGCCAUUGGUGGUUGUGGAAGCACCUGUGGUAGAGACAGCACCAAAAUCUAAUGCAAAACAAGUUAAGGAAGAUACCAGAUCUGCUCUGCCAGAUACUUCGACUGCACAGAAGGUUCAGAAAGAAGCCAAAAAUAAAGCAACUGCUCCUAAAUCUGCUGCAGAGCAUAUUGAUAUGGCUGACGAGGAAAUAUUUGUUUCUGAAAAGGAGAUCCUAAAAGAAAAGAAAAUUGAUCCGGCGAAGUUGAAGGAGAUGAAAAGAGAAGAGGAGAUAGAAAAAAAUAAGCUGGCCUUGGAGAGGAAGAAGAAGAAGGCAGAGAAAGAUGCAGCUAAAGCAGCUAUUAGAGCUCAAAAGGAAGCCGAGAAGAAGCUGAAGGAGCGUGAAAAGAAGGCAAAGAAGAAGUCAUCAUCUGCCCCGGAUACCAAUCCUGAGGAACUGAUAGAACCAGUUGCUGAGGUUGCAGAACCAGAAAAGGUAACUGAAAAGGUUGAAGCUCCUGUCCCGGCAAAGGCAAAGGCGCAAAAGGAUAACAGUCUGAGGAACAGAGGUCGAGCAAGAGGUUCAGACGCACUACCAAAAGCCAUCCUGAAGAGGAAGAAGUCGAGUACAAACUAUUGGCUAUGGGCUGCUCCUGCUGCUGUGUUAGUUGUGUUGUUUCUAGUACUGGGUUACUACUAUCUUCAUUGAGGAAGGUAAGCUGGAACCGAUUGAGGUAGAGAAGGUUUGAGAACUACAGUUUUCUGCUUGAUAGGCGUGGGAUAACAACUAGGUCUGUCUGUUUAGUUAAAUUAAGUUAUUUCUGUUCUUUACAUAUCCUUUUUCGGGAUGGACUCAAAACUCAUAAUGUUUGUGGUAGUCCAAACUAUCUUUCAAUGGAGAAGAAGAAACACACAUUCGGUUUUCUUUAUGUGAUUUCAAAUUUUGAACUU